AUGAAUAACAAUGGCACGUCUGAAGUCUGCCGCGAGCAAAAAUUCUUCUUCGCCCUCCGGUGGGACAAAAUGGCGUCGAGCGUCGCGGCGUCGAGCGUGGCGGCGUCGAGCGCCUCCGCGAUGACGGACGACGAGAAGACGGCGGAGGAGCUGCUGCUCGCGAUGGGCGACUACACGCCCGCGAUUCCUGAGGAGGUGACCGCGCACUUCUUGGCGCAGUCGGGCUUCCAGGCGACGGACGAGCGCUUGUGCGGCUUGGCCCCUCCAGCGGGUGGACCGUGGUGA